AAAUUUCAGGGCUCAAUAAUCUGUUUUGAAGUACUGAAGGUGUGAGUCAGGUGCUAGUUGUUAUCUGUGAUUUUUUCAGUGCAAUGUAAUAUGUCAGUUGAUUUCAACCUGAAGUAGAUUUAGUAUGUUGUCCAAUCAAAAAAGACCAAGAGAAAAUGUGGACAACGAUAACUGUUAUGCAUGGAAAGAAAACAUGACGGAGAGUCACAAACGACAAAAUAUCGAACCUGGUACUUCAAAUCAUUUGAAAGAUACUCUUUCAGUUCUGAAAGAUCUCGUAAAUUUAACAGAUGCCGAAACUUCUGAUGUUGAAAUUGGUCAGGAAAUUCGACACACGCGGUUCAAGGUUGAGAAAUGUGACAUUUUGUCGUAUUAUCAUUUUGUGUUAACCUUGAAAAAUGAUGCAAACAAUAAUGAUGACUUAGAAUAUACAUUGGAUGUUAAAGGCAGAUGGUGCGACGGCAUUUCAUACGAACCCGGUGCUACAAUAUCUUUCCAUCCUUGCAGUACACUUUUGAAAUACAGAAAAGAUUGCAUUUCUAAUGAAGAGAAAGACAAAGUUUUGAUUUUAUAUCCCAACUUUUUAGUCAGUGGAACCACUAUUGUAUCAAGUCUCAGAUGUAAAAGGCAGACUGUUUUAAACGAACUCUUCAAGAGGUCGGGUUUUGCCAAGCCAUUACUGCUUGGGAAUAUUAUGCAUCAGAUUUUUACUACCUGUUUUCAAAAUAAAAACUUUUCGCGAAGUUUUUUCCUCGAAACUUACAAAAAGGUAUGCCAGAAUAUUUCACACCUCGAAGCAUUUUUUGCUCUUGAUAUGUCACCGGACUUUUUGGGAAAAGAAAUUGAGCAAUAUAUAUCACCAGUUGCAAGAUUAGGGGGAGCUUUAAUGGGCAAAUUUCCGAACAAUUCACUUCAGGCGAUGGGGGUUGAGAAAUUAUCUUGUGAACAGGUUGAACGAAAUAUUUGGUCGCCAACUUUGGGGUUGAAAGGAAAAAUGGACAUAAUAACGGGAACCCAAAAUUCUGACGAGAAAGUUGUGUUAGAACUGAAGACAGGUCGUGAUACGAAUUCAAUCGAACAUCAGGAUCAAGUUAGACUUUAUAAUAAAAUUUUAAAGUCUGAGGGUAUUUUCAAUUCGGCCAAAGGAGCUUUAGUGUAUUUAAAAAGCGGAAAAAUUUACCCGGUUAGCGAUCAGUCGUUGUCAAUUCGAGAAUUGAUCAUAAUUCGUAAUACUUUAGUUUACUUUUUGACUCAAUCUGGCUUAAAAAUCAAUCGACAGAAAGAAUUUAAACCACAGUUUUGUAUGAAACUUCCUGAUUUAGAAGAAGAUCAAUUUAAUUGCUCAAACUGUGAUCAAAGAUUUAAUUGCGGGCUGUUGUCUCGGAUUUCGGAAAGCAAGUCGACCGAACAAACCCCAAAGCUGACCGAACUUCAUGCGGAUUCAUUUGUAGUUUCUCCAGAUCAUUUGAGAUUUUUCUCCAAGUGGUACAAUUUGUGCUUGCUUGAGUUUCCAAUUUUACCAGAACCGGAUUACUCGAAAAUGUGGAUGCAGACUUUCGAAGAAACCCGUGCAAAAGGAACAACAGAAGGAAACUUCGUUAUCAAAACGCAAAAGCUAUCGGAGCUUGAUUCUUGUGUAGUUAACUUUGAGAAAGAUGCUUCUAGUAAUGAGUUGGUUUCAAACUUGAUCUCUGGUGAGAGAGUUCUAAUUAGUACUCAGUGUUUAUCUGCAAUUAAUGUUGCCGCAGGAGUAGUUAAAAACGUCACUCAACGCUCAGCCGAUGUUGCUAUUGAUCAACCUAUUACCAUGGACCAACAAAAGGUUAAUGAAGAUAUGAAAUGGAGAUUGGACAAAGCGAACCAAGAAACAACAACGUCUUCUACUCUAAGUUUGAUGCUUUCAAAUUUGUCCCAAUUAAUGUCACAAAGCGGAAAUAGCCGCGUGAAAAGAUUACGUCAGCUUAUUUUAGAAAACGAAGAUGCUCUUUUUGAAGACACCGAUAAACAUUUAAUUCCAAUUGAUUUGAGACAAGAAGCCAGAACUAUACUUAUGGUUUUGAAUGGUCAACAAAAAUUAGCUGUGAGAAAAGUUUUGAUGUCGCACGAUUACACUAUAAUACGAGGAAUGCCAGGCAGCGGAAAAACAACUGUAAUAGUCGCAGUGAUUAGACUUCUCGUUUUAUGUGGGCAUCGAAUAUUACUAACUUCAUUUACAAAUGCAGCAGUUGAUAAUGUGCUUCUGAAACUGAAGAGCCUUAACGACAGUAGUAUUAAAAUAGUUCGUCUGGGGGUCAAAUCUAGAGUUCACGCCGACUUGGUCGAAUACCUGCCAGGUUCGAAUGGACUCAGUUAUGAUAAUGUUAACUCGCAGUUUAUGACAGCAAAUGUGGUAGCCGGUACUGUCUUUAACGUCAACCAUCCUAUUUUCAGCGGAUCUAAAAGAAAAUUCAACUUUUGUAUUGUAGAUGAAGCUUCGCAGAUUCUCUUACCUCUGUGUAUUGGGCCACUCUUCGCAGCUCAGAGAUUCGUUUUAGUCGGAGAUGAGAACCAAUUAGCACCUCUCGUGUCCAAUGAAAAAGCGAAACAAGAAGGACUAUCAGAAAGUCUAUUCGAAUACAUUGCCACGCGGAACAACAAGGCCGUGUUUUCUCUGUGUGAACAAUACCGAAUGAAUUCAAAAAUCAUGGAGUUGAGUAACAAAUUGAGUUACAGAGGUCAAAUGAGAGCAGCUAACCAAAAGGUAGCGGAAAGAAUUCUAGAUCUGAAGCUUAAAAUGAGCUGCACUAAAUCUUGCUGCAGAUGGCUAAAUUCUAGUUUUGACCCAAAGAAUGCUGCAGUGUUUAUCGACACGUCGAAAUGCGAUUCAAAGUUUGAACAGCAACGAAACAAUAGCUAUUUCAAUCUUUUAGAGCUAGAGGUUGUCCGACUUCUGCUUAAAAUUUUGAAAAAAUGUGGUCUUUCUAUGGAUAAUGUGGGAGUAAUUUGUCCAUACAGGCAACAACUAGUUCAGGCCCAAACUAAACUUUGUUCAGCCGGAAGUGAAUUUGCAGGUUUAGAAAUACACACAGUUGACAAGUUUCAAGGUCGCGACAAAGAAGUCAUAAUUUUGACCUGUGUUAGAAGCAAAAGCGAAUUGAUUCAAAAUUCUGAAGAAAUUGAAGGUAAAAACCCGAAUACUGAGUUAUUGAACGAUAACAAACGAGUUAAUGUUGCGGUAUCCCGUGCGAAGAGCAAAAUCAUCAUCAUUGGUGACUUGGAAACUUUGAACACUUACCAACCCUUGGCUGUGAUAAUUACUAUUUUGACUUCUAAGAAUUGUGUGUUUUCUUAUAAGGAACAUGAAUCUGAUCAUUAGAUAAUUUUGCUACCGUUUCUUAUUUGUUUAAUUUUUAAAUUUGUUUGUAAAUGAUUUUUGACUGUGAUUUCUUUUUUUGUAGUGUUGAUUGUUAUUAUGUGUUUCCUAAUUGGAUAAGUUUUUCAA